AUGCAUCAUGCCAUCCUCUCCACCCUCCUACUGCUCCUUGCACUAGCAGCAGCGUCACCGCCAACCUCACUCUCAUCCUUCUUCACACCCAUCCUCGAAGCGUCCUUCAACACGAGCGAAUCGAGCGAACCUUCACUCGCCCAUGAGCUACUGAAACGUCAGUCUGGCUGCGCUUCUGGCUACACGAACUGCGUCCUCUAUGGUGCCGCCGGCGCUGGUCUCUGCUGCCGGCCCGGAACUGGCUGUGCCGUCGACCAAGCCGGGCAGGUUGCGUGCUGCCCGAGUGGAGCUGUGUGUACUGGGACAAUCGGCCCUGUAACUGUGCCUACUACUUCGACUGUCAACCCCUUUGCUACAUCCACAUCUGGGUUUGUGAUCGCAAGCACGACGAGUGUGCUCCCUACGAGCACCCAAGGAUUCAUCAUCGCGGCCAGUACGACCGUCGCAACGAUACCUGGCCAGGCUGCUGGGACGCUGAACAGGAGCAUGCCACAUAUUCUACAGCUCCUCCUGGCGGGGUGGUUGUUCUUAUGGGAGAUGAUCAAUUGA